UUCUUGUACAUUCGAAUGUCAACGCCAAAACGUCACUUCAAAACGUCAACUCAAAUCGAUUUUCUUCCAAACCGCAUCAAACUUCACUCCCUUGCGCUUACGACGAAAGAAAAAAUUUUCCUUGUACCACCAACAUUUCAAUUUUCUUAUUAUUCCAAAGCCAUGGCGUUGCGUGUGUUAAAUUUGCCCCAGCAUUUGCGACAGCUAACCAAAGGAACUACUUUGGCUCAGCGCUACAAGGCCUCGCACGCUGCCGGCCUUAAGAAGACCUUGGUCAACAUCCCAGCCACCCAGGUCACACAAUUGGACAAUGGUCUUCGUGUUGCCAGUGAAGACUCCGGUGCCCAAACUGCCACUGUUGGUCUUUGGAUUGAUGCAGGUUCACGGUCGGAGAAUGAGUCAAACAAUGGAGUUGCUCAUUUCUUGGAACAUAUGGCAUUCAAGGGAACUGCCAAACGUUCACAAACUGAUUUGGAACUUGAAGUCGAAAAUAUGGGUGCCCAUUUAAAUGCUUACACAUCUCGCGAACAGACUGUAUUUUAUGCCAAAUGUCUGUCUAAAGAUGUACCAAAAGCAGUGGAAAUCCUUGCCGAUAUUAUUCAAAAUUCCAAAUUGGGUGAAUCUGAAAUCGAACGCGAACGAUCUGUGAUUUUGCGUGAAAUGCAAGAAGUCGAAAGUAAUUUGCAAGAAGUUGUAUUUGAUCAUUUGCAUGCAACUGCUUAUCAAGGUACACCAUUGGGACAGACCAUUUUGGGACCCACAAAGAAUAUCAAAUCCAUUGGCAAGUCUGAUUUGUCAGACUACAUCAGCACCCACUACAAGGCAUCCCGUAUUGUUUUGUCCGGAGCUGGUGGAGUCAACCACCAAGAGCUCGUCCAAUUGGCCAACGCCAACCUUGGUAAAUUGCAAAACACCUAUGAUGGCAAACCACCAGCAAUUACUCCAUGCCGUUUUACUGGCUCUGAAAUGCGUGUCCGUGACGAUUCAUUGCCAUUGGCUCAUGUUGCCAUUGCUGUUGAGAGCUGUGGAUGGACCGAUCAAGAUAACAUCCCUCUAAUGGUCGCCAGUACUUUGAUUGGUGCUUGGGAUCGUUCACAAGGUGGUGGUGUCAACAACGCUUCCAACUUGGCUCGUGCUAGUGCUGAAAGCAAUCUUUGCCACAGCUUCCAAUCCUUCAACACCUGCUACAAGGAUACCGGUUUGUGGGGAAUCUACUGGGUUUGUGAUCCACUCCAGAGCGAGAACAUGCUCUACAACGUGACACAAGAAUGGAUGCGUCUCUGCACCAUGAUCACCGAUGCCGAAGUUGAACGUGCAAAGAACCUCCUCAAGACCAACUUGCUUUUGCAAUUGGAUGGAACCACACCAAUCUGUGAAGAUAUUGGUCGCCAAAUGCUCUGCUAUAACCGUCGUAUCCCAUUGCACGAAUUGGAACAACGUAUCGACUCUGUGUCAGUGCAGAACAUUCGUGAUGUUGGCAUGAAAUACCUCUACGAUAGGUGUCCAGCUGUUGCUGCCGUCGGACCAACUGAAAAUCUACCCGACUACAACAGAAUUCGUUCCAACUUGUACUGGCUUAGGCUUUAAACAGUUAAAUUAUUCAAGUAAUAAAAAAAAUAUUUCCCAAUCAUACAUAAAUUAAUAAAAGAAAAUCCAAUUUCAAACCAAGCUCCUGAUGUAAUCGAUACCAAGUUAAAGAAAAAAUAUAUGUUUAUUUAAUGUGAAAGAACGCACUACAAUGAUCAAGAGAUGAUGUUUAACAAACAAAAAUAAUAAAAUUAAAUACAAAAUUA